GGCCUGCGGAAGUCCAUGUGGCGCGCUAGGUGGGAUCCCGGCGUCCUGAAAGCAGAGGCCCUGGCCCUCCUGCCCUGCGGCCUGGGCAUGGCCUUCUCCCAGUCCCACGCGAUGGCCGCUCGGAGGCACCAGCACAGUCGGCUUAUCAUCGAGGUGGACGAGUACAGCUCCAACCCCACCCAGGCCUUCACCUUCUACAACAUCAACCAGGGCCGCUUCCAGCCGCCGCAUGUGCAGAUGGUGGACCCGGUGCCUCAUGACGCCCCCAAGCCGCCCGGAUACACCCGCUUUGUCUGCGUGUCUGACACCCACUCGAGGACGGACCCCAUCCAGAUGCCCUACGGCGACGUGCUCAUCCAUGCCGGGGACUUCACCGAGCUGGGGCUCCCGAGCGAGGUGAAGAAAUUCAACGAGUGGCUGGGCAGCCUGCCCUACGAGUACAAGAUCGUGAUCGCAGGCAACCACGAGCUGACCUUCGACCAGGAGUUCAUGGCCGACCUCAUCAAGCAGGACUUCUACUACUUCCCGUCCGUGUCGAAGCUGAAGCCGGAGAACUACGAGAACGUGCAGUCGCUGCUGACCAACUGCAUCUACCUGCAGGACUCGGAGGUCACCGUGCGGGGCUUCCGCAUCUACGGCUCCCCGUGGCAGCCCUGGUUUUACGGCUGGGGUUUUAACCUCCCGCGAGGCCAAGCGCUGCUCGAGAAGUGGAACCUCAUUCCUGAAGGCGUAGACGUCCUGGUAACCCACGGACCGCCACUGGGCUUCCUGGACUGGGUCCCCAAGAAGAUGCAGCGGGUGGGCUGCGUGGAGCUGCUCAACACAGUGCAAAGGCGCGUCCAGCCGCGGCUGCAUGUCUUCGGCCACAUCCAUGAAGGGUACGGAGUCAUGGCGGAUGGGACAACCACCUACGUGAACGCAUCUGUGUGCACCGUGAACUACCAGCCCGUGAACCCACCCAUAGUCAUUGACCUGCCCACACCCCGGAACUCCUGA